AGUCCCCCGAGAUGCACUCUUUGGUUCAACCAAAUGCUUGGGUUGCUCUCAAGCUUCCUUCCGGCAAUCUUCGAGUUCUUCAAGUUACUCCAAAUACCACUAUUUCUUUGGGAAAAUAUGGAUCAUUUCCGAGUAAUCUAAUAAUACACAGACCAUUCCAUCUCACAUACGAACUACAAGAUAAACGACCGGAGGAGAACUUUAAUCGGCUGCGCAUUGUACCCGCCUCUGAACUAUACAGCGAUAUCUUAGCAUCCGAUACAUCAGCCAGCUCUCCCGAAGGAGAACCCCCCAUAAUAAAUGACGAUGAAGAUGCCGAAGCUUCGCUUCCGGCGGGUAUAGAGUACUCGCUCGUGGAUCCCGAUUCUGGUACCGUUGUCGCUCGGACCAAUCGUGCGGAACUCAAUGCCGAGGCGCGCCAGACAUUGAGUGCGGAGGAGAUCGAAGCCUUAAAGAAAGAUGGUACCGAUGCGGGCAGGGAUAUAAUAGCAAAGCUACUGCUUUCGCAUACGGCCAUCGACCAGAAGACAGAAUAUGCUUUGGCUAAGUACAAGAUCCUCAAGACGAAGAAAUACAUAAGAAGGUUCUGCGUAGUGCCUAUGGAUGUGCCUAUGCUAACCUAUUGGCAAUUGGAAGUGAAGGACUCAACUAAAAUCUUGGAUAUGAGGGAUGAGAUGAUAGCACUGGUAGGAUGUUGGGGCAAUGUGCAUUUUAGUGGAGAGGAUCGAUGCGAAAACGAAGGCAUCCAAGAGUCCCAAGACCCAAACCACGAACAAGAUGAUCUCGAAGACACACCUGGCCGAUGGCUUGCUGUAGAUGACACAGGUGGUCUUUUGGUGGCAGCAAUGGCAGAGCGAAUGGGUAUACUCUACCAACCCGAAAACGAGUCUACGAAUAAUGGUAAUGAAACAACGUCGGCAAGCGACCAUCAGAGAGAGCAUUCGAGUCACCAAGAAUCUAUAACGAAAUGUACAGAUCUUCCGUUAGAUAAAGACGGCGAACAUGGAAAUCACGGUGUGGAGACUACAGCUCAGGCUAGGGAUACCGCAGAAUCAACCUCAUCCCCUCAGAUAGCGAUAAGACCAUCCCAUGGAGACGGCAAGCCACGGGUCGACAACAUGAAAACAUCUUUUGCACACUCUAACACCCUUACCGUUAUUCAUGCGAAUCAACAACCUAACCUAUCCUUCCUACGCGAAUAUGGCUUCGACAGUACAAAUCCAGCACAAACUCAGGAUCAUCCCUUGGCCUCUCACCUAAUGACUAUCUCAUGGCUGCAGCUCGUUGAACCCGAGCUAGAUCCUACAUACACCGCUGAGUUUGCUCAUGUCGCGCCUGAGAUUCUCCGCACGUGGAAACCUAACCGCCGGGGUAAUUAUUACCGUAAGCGUCGACGCUGUGCCAAGAUCCGCCACAUUGUCGAUACCACGCGGAAGGGCGAGUUCUCUGGGUUAGUAGUUGCCAGCACAAUGGACCCUAUCUCAAUAAUGCGCUACGCUGUGCCACUCCUUGCUGGCGGCGCACCGAUCGCCAUUUAUUCGCAGUCAAUUGAACCUCUCACCGCUUUAGCUGAUUGCUACAGCAUAGCGCGUCGUGGUGCUUGGGUAGCGACCCCACCGGACGAGAUUGUCGGUAAGACUCCGGAAGAGCUGGAGCACUGGCCUGGGAAUGAAGAAUUCCCGUUAAACCCGUCCCUCGUAUUAGGAGCUACUUUGCAGACAAGCCGUGUCAGAAAAUGGCAGGUCCUGCCUAGUCGAACACACCCCCUAAUGACGAGUAGAGGAGGGGCGGAAGGAUACGUCUUCACGGCUUGGAAAGUCAAGCCCGCUGAAGGCAAGGUAGAAGCUAGGGGCAAAGCUCGUACCAGGAAGAGAAAACUGGACGAGACAACCAAAGAAUAGAGGUUUUAGUGUGGUAGAAGUGAAAACUGCAUUCAUCGGCGUUAGAGAGCCUGAUUUUAUAGGACAUAAGGUAUAGCUCUCUAGCAUGGCCAGCUC